CUCUGCUGGCCUCAGUAGCCGCUCGGCUUUGGUGCUGUCCCGGCAUCCUGCUGGGUGUUCCGAAGCUUUCUCAGCCGGGUUUUCAGCUUUCUAGGGCUGGGACUGUGGAGAUGGCGGCUCAGAAGAUAAAUGAGGGGCUGGAGCACCUCGCCAAAGCUGAGAAAUACCUGAAAACUGGUUUUUUAAAGUGGAAACCAGAUUAUGACAGUGCUGCUUCUGAAUAUGGAAAAGCAGCUGUUGCUUUUAAAAAUGCCAAACAGUUUGAGCAAGCAAAAGAUGCCUGUCUGAGAGAAGCUGUUGCCCAUGAGAAUAACAGGGCUCUUUUUCAUGCUGCCAAAGCUUAUGAGCAAGCUGGCAUGAUGUUGAAGGAGAUGCAGAAACUACCAGAGGCUGUUCAGCUGAUUGAGAAAGCCAGCACGAUGUACCUGGAAAACGGCACCCCCGACACAGCAGCCAUGGCACUGGAGCGAGCUGGAAAGCUUAUAGAAAAUGUAGAUCCAGAAAAGGCUGUACAGUUAUAUCAACAGACAGCUAAUGUGUUUGAAAAUGAAGAACGUUUACGGCAGGCAGUUGAAUUACUAGGAAAAGCUUCCAGACUGCUAGUGCGAGGACGCAGGUUUGAUGAGGCAGCACUCUCUAUUCAGAAAGAAAAAAAUAUUUAUAAGGAAAUUGAGAAUUAUCCAACUUGUUAUAAGAAAACAAUUGCUCAAGUCUUAGUUCAUCUGCACAGAAGUGACUAUGUGGCUGCAGAAAGAUGUGUCAGGGAGAGCUACAGCAUUCCAGGGUUUAAUGGGAGUGAAGACUGUGCUGCACUCGAACAGCUUCUUGAAGGUUAUGACCAACAAGACCAAGAUCAAGUGUCAGAGGUCUGCAACUCGCCCCUUUUCAAAUACAUGGACAACGAUUAUGCUAAGCUGGGCCUGAGUUUGGUGGUUCCUGGAGGGGGAAUCAAGAAGAAAGCAGCAGCAACACCACAGGUCAAGCCUGAAGGCACCACUGCCACCACUGUGGAGGAAGACGAGGAUGAAUAUGCAGGAGGGCUAUGCUAAGCUUUACAGAAAGAAAGGGGGAGAUCCUGACAUGCCAUUCAUGGACUUGGAACUGGUCUGAGGGCAUCGAGACUUCAUUGCAGUCAUGGCUUUGAAUGCUAAAAAAGGCUAAUUUUUUUAGUUAGGAUUUCCCCAAAUCUUUCAUUGUACCCACUACCUGUGAGGCAUUUUUUUCUUUUCAAAAACAUUAGAAGGAAUUAACAGAAAAAGUACUGUCACAUGUUAAUGCAGUUGAUUUUAAAGUUUGCAAGCCAAGUUCUAGACAAAUUAUGUUCUAAACAAAAGGAACAUAAGUAUAUUAUUUUUCCUGUAAUUUUUUGUUAGAGAAUUAUCUUUGCAUUUUAUUUGAUAAUUGCUGCUAAAAUUAAAGGUGUAUUAGUUAAAAUAGUAAACGUUUGUUAUGUUUUGAAAAGGAAAUUUAUUCCCUGUAAUAUUAGCUACAUUUAAAUUAUUAAAUCUUUUCAGAGGCCAAAUUGGGAUAGGAAGCUAUUUUGAUCUUAACAAUAUUAUUUAGCCCAAUAAAAGAUUCAUGUGAAGUUUGAAAGUUCUGAAGGUAGCAUAUGGAAGUGACUCUGAAAAUGUCUUCAGUUCUCUGAAAUGCGGGUAUUUCUUCCACCAAAGUGCACCCCUCCCCCUCCCCACACAUGGUGACUGUCUCCAAACCCACAUGGUUCUUGUGUUAGUGGGAACUAACAUGGACCUUUUCUAUGCAUUCUAACAAAGAGGUAAUGCUUCCAUUGAUUGAUAUAUACAUUUUAAUCCCUCCAAAAUAAUGUGAUUCAUUUAGAGUUGUUACAGGCCAGUUACAUGACACAGGAAAUGCUGUAUACCACCAAAUUUUAGCCAAAAUGAGAGGAUUGUUUUUGAGGUGUUUACAUUUAAAGUACUAUGCUGCCAAUAUUUUGAUUUGUUAUAGUUAUGAUCUAAAAGGUUGUUUUGAAGCAUUCUUUUUCACCCCAUGUGGCUUAGAUCCAUCUCCUAAUCUAUUAAUUUGGAAGAGGCUCCAAACCCCAGCAGUGUGCAUUCUGCAGGCAGAUGCAGCCUAGAGCAGUUUCCUGUUUGUUUGAGCCCUGUCCUUCUCCUCAGAGAGUCCCACCUGUUGCAAGCUCAGUGUGCUUAGUUUUGCUAGACUCCCUGGAAACACUAAGGUAGAUUAUCGCAAGAGGUUUUAGCCAGAGAUGGUUCUGUUGGAGAGUUUAGACAGGAUAACAUCCUCAUUUGUGUACUUGGGGUGGGUGGAUAGCAGCAUAAAAAUUUUUAUAGGAGGUCUGAUUCAAAACACUAAUAAAUUUGAUGUUUUGAUUCCCUAGGUUGCUUGCAUAAUUGGCAGGUAGCAGCUAAUUUUCAAUCAUUGUUUGCAGAUUAACUUUGAACAUUCUUACUAAAACUGUAUUUAGGCAGUUGUAUUUAAUGGCAUUAAUAUUUCAAAGACACUAUCAUUGCUGUUGUACCCUUUAGAUCCAGCGAGAAACUUCCAGAGUCUGAUAUUAUGGCUCAUUUGGACUGAUUAGCAAUCUGGUUAAACAGACCUGGCAGCACCUGCUAGACAUUUUACACCAUUUGUUUAUAGACUAUGUCACCAUUGCAGCCUUGGAAUUUUUUUUUAUUUUUACUCUUUUCUUACAUAUUAAACAAAAAUGAGGAGUGAUUCAGUGCUUUCUGUAGCAGCAAUGCAAGUGAGUCUUAAACAGCAUGAAAGUCGUACACCAGGGCAGUCUCCUGCCAGCCUCCCUGCGCACAUUUGAGAACUAAUAGACGGACUUGUGGAUGCCAGGGUUGUUCUGUGUGGUGUCCAGUAAAAGGCAUUGGUUCCACGUUUAUGCACUUAAGUUUUCCACAUACAUAAGUCUUUAUUUUCAGAAAAUAGUCAGCGUGGAGAACUCGUGUUUACAAAAGGAAACACUGUCCUUACUUUCACCGAGGUGGAAGUCUGCAUGAACAUGCUCAGAAUCCAACAUUCAAUGUUCUGUUAUAUUGCAAGUACAGUCAACCUACAAAGUGUAUUUAAUAUAUUGAAUUUAUUUGUAUAUAUGCAGAGUAUGGUAUAUGUGCUUUAUUCCUACUUUUUCCAGCUCUCUGAUGAGUAUUAAAUGUGUUGUUAUGGAAAUGCAGAUUAUUGCUUCUAUGGGAAGAUAAUUAUGAAAAUAAAAUCUGAAACUA